AUGGCGACCACACACUAUCAGCAGCAAUUGCAGUAUGCAGGAAUCUCUCGACAGUCCGCGACUCCGCAUUACAGGGCCCGAGCUGCAGCUGCUGUUGCCAGGAGCGCGAACGUGAGCGCUGCGAUCACCAUCACGGACCCAAACAGUCUUUCGAAGAACGGGAAUUCAUCCACGACCAACGGCGACGGGGGAGCUAUUGACAGAGCUGCGACAGGCACAGACAAGGGUACCGGCAACGAUGUCAACGCUCAACCAUGGAAGAUUCUCGACCUUGGCGGCAUUGGGCUCAAGAACCUGAGUCGCGAACUCUUUGGGUACUCGUUCCUGACGGCGCUCUAUGUCAACCACAACAAUCUGCACCACCUCUCGCCAGAGAUCAGCCGACUCAGGAACCUGACCAUUUUGGACGCCUCUGGAAACAAGCUGACGUCUGUCCCGCCCGAACUUGGCCUGCUGUGCAAUCUUCAGGAGCUGUUGUUGGUCGACAAUGGGUUGGUCACUUUGCCGCCAGAGAUGGGCAUGCUUUUUCAGCUGGAUGUGCUUGCGCUCGAAGGAAACCCGCUGAAUGAGAGCCUCAAGACGCUGCUUCAUCAAGAAGGAACCAGUGCCGUCAUUAUGUAUCUGCGCGAAAACUGUCCAGUUCCGUUGCCUCCGUCUGAGAGAGAAUGGGUCAUGUUGGAGGAUAACAGCGCCCCCACCGCGACAGGGUCCGACACAUUCACAGUGUUUUGCUACAAUAUUUUGGCCGAAAAGUACGCAACACCACAGAUGUAUGGCUAUACUCCUUCAUGGGCUCUUGCAUGGGAGUAUCGUAAGGAGCUGAUCCUCCAGGAGAUCCUGGCCUACAGUGCCGAUAUUGUUUGUCUCCAGGAACUCGAGUCGGGACAGUAUGAGGAUUACUUCAAGGAUCAGAUGAAGCAGCAGGGGGAUUAUGAUGGUGUCUUCUGGCCAAAAUCCCGCGCGAAAACCAUGCCGGAAAAGGAUCGUAGGACUGUGGAUGGCUGUGCGAUCCUCUUCAAGGCCUCCAAGUUCAACUUGAUCGACAAACACCUCGUGGAGUUCAACCACCUGGCUUUGCAGAGACCCGAUUUCAGGCAGACGGACGAUAUCUUCAACCGAGUGAUGACCAAGGACAACAUUGCGGUGAUCGCCUUCUUACAACACAAAGAGACCCAGAACCGGGUCGUCGUUUCGAACACCCACAUUCAUUGGGACCCGAUCUUCAAGGACGUGAAGCUUGUCCAGGUAGCGAUGCUGAUGGACGAGCUGGACAAGCUCUCGACACAAUGGGCGGCCCUGCCGCUCCCGGGAUCGGACUUGGUACAGCAUCAGUCAUCGAGCGCGCUGGGCGGCAACGGCGGCAAGUUACCGACCCUGAUCUGUGGCGACUUUAACUCUGAGCCGAAUUCGGGCGUGUACGAGUUCUUGACGAAGGGAGCGGUCGCACAGGGGCACGACGAUUUCGGAGACCAUGCCUACGGAACCUACACGACCGAGGGUCUCUCCCAUAAGAUGACGUUGCGGUCUUCGUAUAGCCACGUCAACGAAUUGCCGUUCACGAAUUACACGCCUUCGUAUGUGGCGGUGAUCGACUAUAUCUUUUACUCGGCCAGCCAUCUCUCGGUCCUGGGCCUGUUGGGAGGGGUCGAGAAGGAGUACAUGGGACGGUGUGUGGGCAUCCCGAACGCGCACUUCCCAUCGGACCAUAUCCCGAUCUUGAGCGAGUUCAAGAACCAGAACGGAGGAGGUAGUGGAGGUAGUGGUGGUGGGGUAGGCGGAGGUUAUGGUAACACUGGAGGAGGACGGCGUCCGCAGUCAUCGUCGUCAUUGGGCGUGAACAAUGGUAGCGGUCGAUAG